GUUGGGCGGGAUGAGAAGAAUGCUUUUGUGUCUGCAGAAGUCUGUGCUGGGUCUUGCUUUUCCUUUGCUUUGAGGCUGGAGUCUGUCACCGGGACCCUCCUGGCAUCUGGGCUCUGUGCAGGCUUCUUAAUGACAUUACCCACGUCUGGACUCUGGGGUCCUUGAUGAAUUCUGUCAUGGUUAUUUAAGGAACCUCGCCUAGAAGUCCCAACACGCAGUUCCCCAUCGACGGGAAGGCUUGGACUUCAAGAUGAUCAUAAAGGAAUAUCGGAUUCCUCUGCCGAUGACUGUGGAGGAGUACCGCAUCGCCCAGCUGUACAUGAUCCAGAAGAAGAGCCGGAACGAGACGUGUGGCGAAGGCAGUGGUGUGGAGAUUUUGGAGAACCGACCGUACACAGAUGGACCUGGUGGCUCUGGGCAGUACACUCACAAGGUGUACCACGUGGGCAUGCACAUCCCCAGCUGGUUCCGGUCCAUCCUGCCCAAGGCAGCCCUGCGGGUGGUGGAGGAGUCCUGGAAUGCCUACCCCUACACCCGAACCAGGUUCACUUGCCCUUUCGUGGAGAAAUUCUCCAUCGACAUCGAAACCUUUUAUAAAACUGAUGCUGGAGAAAACCCCAACGUGUUCAGCCUGUCUCCGGUUGAAAAGAACCAGAUGACAAUCGACCUCAUCGACAUAGUCAAGGACCCUGUGCCCCCCAAUGAGUAUAAGACAGAAGAGGAUCCCAAGCUGUUCCACUCAACCAAGACACAGCGGGGGCCCCUGUCUGACAACUGGAUCGAAGAACACAAACAGCAGGUCUUCCCCAUCAUGUGUGCCUACAAGCUCUGCAAGGUGGAGUUCCGCUACUGGGGCAUGCAGUCCAAGAUCGAGAGGUUCAUCCACGACACGGGCCUGCGGAAGGUGAUGGUGAGGGCCCAUCGGCAGGCCUGGUGCUGGCAGGACGAGUGGUUUGGGCUGAGCAUGGAGAACAUCCGGGAGCUGGAGAAGGAGGCACAGCUCAUGCUGUCCCGCAAGAUGGCCCAGUUCAGCGAAGAUGACGACGAGGCAUCAGAGCUGGACAAGGGCAAAGCCACCCAGGACCAGGCCCCCGGCGAGCCCCCCCAGGCCAGCAGCAGCGGCGGGGAGCCCCUGACUGGCCGGGGCCUGAAGAAGCAGUGGUCCACGUCCUCCAAGUCUUCACGGUCAUCCAAGCGGGGAGCAAGUCCCUCCCGCCACAGCAUCUCUGAGUGGAGGAUGCAGAGUAUCGCCCGGGACUCAGAUGAGAGCUCGGAUGAUGAGUUCUUCGAUGCUCACGAGGACCUGUCCGAUUCAGAGGAACCCUUCCCCGAGGACAUCACCAAGUGGAACUCCAAUGACCUCAUGGACAAAAUCGAAAGCCCUGAGCCAGAGGACACACAGGACGGUCUGUACCGCCAGAGCACCUCCGAGUUCAGGGUAGCCUCCAGUGUGGAGCAGCUGAACAUCAUUGAGGACGAGGUCAGUCCCCCGCUGGCCGGGUCACCCACCAAGAUCCACGUACUGCUGCUGGUGCUUCACGGAGGCACUGUCCUGGAUGCGGGUACUGGGGACCCCAGCUCCAAGCAGGGCGACGCCAACACCAUCACCACCGUGUUCGACACUGUCAUGCGCGUGCACUACCCCAGCGCCUUGGGCCGCCUCGCCAUCCGCCUGGUGCCCUGCCCGCCUGUCUGCUCCGACGCCUUCGCCCUCAUCUCCAACCUCAGCCCCUACAGCCACGACGAAGGCUGUCUGUCCAGCAGCCAGGACCACAUUCCCCUGGCUGCCCUGCCCCUGCUGGCCACCUCCUCCCCCCAGUACCAGGAGGCAGUUGCCACGGUGAUUCAGCGGGCCAACCUUGCCUAUGGGGACUUCAUCAAGUCCCAGGAGGGCAUGACCUUCAAUGGGCAGAUCUGCCUGAUCGGGGACUGCGUCGGGGGUAUCCUGGCAUUCGAUGCCUUAUGCUACAGCAACCAGCCUGUGUCUGAGAGUCAGAGCAGCAGCCGCCGGGGCAGUGUGGCCAGCGUGCAGGACACUGAUCUGCUGUCCCCUGGCGUCCUGGCCAACGCGGGGCAUGGCAACAGUGGCAGUGGUGGCAGCUUGGAGAGCAGUCGGCACCUGAGCCGCAGCAACAUUGACAUCCCCCGAAGCAAUGGCACUGAGGACCCCAAAAAGCAGCUCCCCCGCAAGAGGAGCGACUCAUCCACCUACGAGCUGGAUACCAUCCAGCAGCACCAGGCCUUCCUGUCUAGCCUUCAUGCCAGCGUGCUGAAGAAUGAGCCUAGUCCCCGCCGCUCAAGCAGCUCCACCAUGCUGGAUGGCACAGGGGCCCUGGGCAAGUUUGACUUUGAGAUCGCCGACCUCUUCCUCUUUGGGUGCCCGCUAGGGCUGGUCCUGGCCUUGAGGAAGACUGUCAUCCCCACCCUGGAUGUUUUCCAGCUGCGGCCUGCCUGCCAGCAAGUCUACAACCUCUUCCACCCUGCGGACCCAUCGGCCUCACGCCUGGAGCCACUGCUGGAGCGGCGAUUCCACACCCUGCCGCCUUUCAGCAUCCCGCGCUACCAGCGCUACCCGCUGGGGGACGGCUGCUCUACGCUGCUGGUUGAGACCGUGCAGAGAAACCCCGAGCUGGUCCUGGAGGGUGGCCCCCUGGCCCCUCUCCCGCCCAGGGAUGGCUUCCUGGAAACCAGUAUCUUGGUGCCUGCGCUCACCUGGCAAGAUGGGCCUCGCCCGAGCCCAGGCCGUGCUGAGUCGGAUGCACUCCAGACCCACAACACAGUCUUUCAAGAGCACGCAGCCCCCUCCUCGCCCAGCGCAGCCCCGACCACCCGAGGUUUCCGCCGAGCCAGUGAGAUCAGCAUCGCCAGCCAGGUGUCAGGCAUGGCUGAGAGCUACACAGCAUCCGGCAUUGCCCAAAAGGACCCAGUGUCGCUCAGCUACACCCCCAGCAUCAGGCGCCUGUCCCUGCUCGCCCUGCCCUCCCCACCCCCCACCACCCUGGGCCCCUGCCCACAGGCCAGGCGGGUGAGCCCCAGCCUGGAGAGGGCCCCCCGCCUCCCCGACUUGGACAUCCGAGAAGUUGCUGCAAAGUGGUGGGGCCAGAAGCGGAUUGACUACGCCCUGUACUGCCCUGACGCCCUGACAGCCUUCCCCACCGUGGCCCUGCCCCACCUCUUCCAUGCCAGCUACUGGGAGUCAACAGAUGUGGUCUCCUUCCUGCUGAGACAGGUCAUGAGGCAUGACAAUUCCAGCAUCUUAGAGCUGGACGGUAAGGAGGUCUCGGUGUUCACCCCUUCCAAGCCAAGAGAGAAGUGGCAGCGCAGAAGGACCCACGUGAAGCUGCGGAAUGUGACGGCCAACCACCGCAUCAAUGACUCUGUUGCCAAUGAGGAUGGCCCACAGGUUCUAACAGGCCGGUUCAUGUACGGGCCCCUGGACAUGGUCACCCUGACUGGGGAGAAGGUGGAUGUGCACAUCAUGGCGCAGCCGCCCUCGGGGGAGUGGCUGCACCUGGACACACUGGUGACCAACAGCAGUGGGCGCGUCUCCUACACCAUCCCUGAGACUCACCGCCUGGGCGUGGGUGUCUACCCCGUCAAGAUGGUAGUCAGGGGAGACCACACGUUUGCUGACAGCUACAUCACCGUGCUGCCUAAGGGCACGGAGUUUGUGGUCUUCAGUAUCGAUGGCUCCUUUGCUGCCAGCGUGUCCAUCAUGGGCAGUGACCCCAAAGUGCGGGCUGGGGCCGUGGAUGUGGUGCGGCACUGGCAGGACCUGGGCUACCUCAUCAUCUAUGUGACGGGCCGGCCUGACAUGCAGAAGCAGCGAGUGGUGGCAUGGCUGGCCCAACACAACUUCCCCCACGGCGUGGUGUCCUUCUGUGAUGGCCUGGUGCACGACCCGCUCCGGCACAAAGCCAACUUCCUGAAGCUUCUCAUCUCUGAGCUGCACUUGCGCGUGCACGCAGCCUAUGGCUCCACCAAGGACGUGGCGGUUUACAGCUCCAUCAGUCUGUCCCCCAUGCAGAUCUACAUUGUGGGCCGGCCCACCAAGAAACUGCAGCAGCAGUGUCAGUUCAUCACGGAUGGCUAUGCGGCCCACCUGGCCCAGCUCAAGUAUAACCACCGGGCACGGCCAGCCCGCAACACGGCCACACGCAUGGCACUGCGAAAAGGUAGCUUUGGCCUGCCUGGCCAGGGCGACUUCCUGCGCUCCCGGAACCACCUGCUCCGCACCAUCUCAGCCCAGCCUAGUGGGCCCAGCCACCGGCAUGAGCGGACGCAGAGCCAAGCAGACGGCGAGCAGCGGGGACAACGCAGCAUGAGCAUGGCAGCCAGCUGCUGGGGCCGUACCACGGCCGGCCGGCUUGAGCCGGGGGCAGCCACAGGUCCCAAGUAGGGCACUGUUAGUGAGGCGCUGUGGUCUCCAUGGUGCUAGGCCAGGAUGGCCAGCCCCGCCAGGAGGCCUGGCCUGGGCACACACAGUCGGCUGGGAGUGAACUUGUCCUAGGGCUCAACAGAGGACACUGGGCCAUGCCACACAGCCCUCCAAGCCCUGCCUCAUGUCUUAGGGUCCGAGGGGUUCCAGCUUGUCAUGUGCUGAGAUGACGGAGGGACCAGGACUCUGCAUGUGGACUGGCCAAGAAGGCACUUCAGACAUCCGCCCUACAUUGACUGCCCAGCAUCCUGAUGCUAGGCCUGGCUCCAGGCCCACCUCCAAUCCACUAGCUCACCCUGACUCCCAGUCCCCUCCCCCUUGGUAGCAGCUCCAAUGGAGGGACAGCCUGUUUUUUGUUAACUCGAGUUACUCAACUGUUUAGCCUCACUGGUUUUUGCACUGAUUUUUGAGAGUGGAGACCCAUUCCCAUCUCCUGUGGCUAGAGACUCAAUGGCAUGCAUGACAGUUCAUUUGGCUGAUCCAGGACCUGUUGCCACAUAUAAGGCUCCAGGGCAGCAAAUCUUUGUGUGAGCAGGAAAGGCCUAUCUUGAUUUCUGCAGCUCUGCCUGGCCUGACAGUGCUGCGGCAGCCUCGGACCCCUGCCCACCGGGCCACCCGACCCUCCUGGAUCCCAGUAGGGCCUUGGGCCUGGUGUCACCUCCGGCACUGGACACAGCCUAGAUGACAAGGCUGAUGAAGACCAGAGCUGUCUCCCGAGAAGCCCUGCCUCUGGCCUGGACAAGCCUGGCCUCCUCUUCUGCUCCUCGCCUGCCACCAGUCAAGGCCCCAUGCCUCGGCCUUCCCAUGUUUCUACACCUUUCUACUUCUCCAGUCUGAUUUCUAUGAGGUUUUUUAAUGAGCAAUCCCUGGCUGCUUCCUUUUCUUAACUCUUUCAGUAUAAAGUGCAGCCCCUACACAUGAAAACACCCAGCACUGUGAUGGAGUCCAGCCUGGUUCUGGGUCCCGGAGCCAUGCCCCCUGCCUCACCUGAUCCCUGUUAAUUCCACUGAAUUUCUACUCUGGGGUGAGUGGGGUGCACAUUUAGGUUUUUUUAAUGCCAAUUCCGUUUAGAUGCUGAAUCCAAGAAGCCACAACUCCCUUCCUUAGCGUGUGGGCAGGCAGCCAUGACUUCAUUUCCCACCUGGUAAGGACCGUGCUGUCCUGCAUGCUGGGUCUGAGCAUCAGCCCUCCCUCCCCAGAACUGACCGUGGUCUCAGCUGUGGCACUCAGCUCCAGGCCAGCCCCUCUGCUGCUCCUCUACCCUCUCCAAGACUGGGGAGCCUCUCUAGCCUCAGCCAGCUGUCCAGCAACCAGGCUCUGCCUCUGAGAAGCUGCUGCCAACCUGGAUAUGGCCUCAGGGCCUUAUGGGCUGGGAUAGGGAGGCACACAGAUUGAUGUUAACAUUUUCCCAUGUGUAGAUAUGUACAGCCAAAGGGUCGUGUAAAUGUUCUGCAAACAUGGGUCUAUACAGACUGAAAGCUAUUUAUUUUGUGCAGAAAAAAAAUGUCUGGAGGGAUAGGACCUUCAGGGUUUAUUCAUAUUUAAAAUGUAGCUUUUUGUUGUUAUGUAUAAAGCAAUGAUUAUUUUAUGGACCAAGUUUUAAUGUAACUGUUGCAGUGAAAGUGCAAUAUCUGACCCCCUCUGCUCCCCAGCGGAAGUUGCUCGGCCCGACAAUCACAGCCCCGGUGAGGGGCCCGUGGCCAGUGCCUCUUUCUCUAUUGGUCCCACCUCACCCUGUCUUGCCUACCACCUCGGUGACCAAUCAUCCAGAGAAGCACCUGGAAGAGUCUUGGACCUGCCUGCAAUAAAGCCCGGGAGGCCUCCUGGCUCGGGAAGGCCGCGAGGGCAGUGGGCUUGGCCUCUCUCAGCGGGUGGCUCCCCAACAGCUCUGUGCUCCCCACCUGCCUGCCCAGCCGCCAGCCAUGCCAAGGACAACAGCAAUAGUCCCCUGGGCCUCUCCCAGUGGCCCUCAGCCAUAGAUGGUGAGACGGGCAACCCACCCACCCACUGAUGUCUCUUCCAUAUCCAGGUCUGCUUCCUGCCUCCUCUAAGAUUCUUUUUGGCACAUUCUCCUCUUAAGGAAGCAACAGUUUUCAUAAACUAAGAGAGGGAGGGAGGACAGAGUCCUUUAAAAAUACCAAAAAUGUUUACAGUGUUGGGUGCUGAGCUGCAGGGCUCAGGCCUGACCAGUCUUUAACCAAAGGGUGAGGCAGGCCUUGCUGACUGCCACCCCAACCCAGGCCUGUUAGAGUAGAAGCCUUAGUCCCACUCCCACCCCCACACCCCAAGCGUGAGCCUCAGCCCACCACCUCCAGAUCCAACUACCUGCCUUCUCUUUGAUUUCUAAUGAGGGAUUUAGCAGAAACCCCAUUCCCCUUUCCCAGCUCAGUCUGAGCUGCCUGCCUGCUCAUCAACCAUAUCACAGUCUUCAUGUCUCCACCCCCUCCUGUCCGUCUGUCUGGGCCACAUGUGAGCAGUGUCCUGACUCGCCCUGCCCCCUCUUGCUGUCCCUGCACCAUUGGGCCUGAGUGUGUUCUGUAUACAGUGUCAUUGUCUGUUAACACCAAUUAAAGAAGCAGGAAGGCUUC